AUGUAUGUCUUGGAGAGUAGUCUGAGCAGUCAUGAGACGACACUGGCGGUGCUGCUGGAACAGGCCUUCAGGAUCAAAGAGGAGGUGGCAGCCGGUCUUCAGUCUGCCCAUGGCUCCGUCCAGGUGGAGGCGCUGUCCCGCAAGCUGCUGGAGAAUCACAUACUGACCAUCACACGCAUUGUCAAGCAGCUUAGCAUGGACAUACAGACUCUGGAGAGACAGAUCGCCCAGCGGGACCACAUCACCUCUGGAACCAUGAUGGCGGUUCAUAGCCUGGACCAGAAGAACGUGGCUGGCAUUGGAGACCUGAGAGGAAGAGUAGCCAGGUGUGAUGCCAGCAUCGCCAAGCUGAGCGCUGACAUGAGCUCUGGGGAGCGGCGGGUGAUUAGGCUGCAGCAGGAGGUGGCAGAGCUCAGGUCAGCCGUGGACGUGUGGCUCAAAGAGCUGGAAGUCAAGCUUUAUCAUGACCUGGGGAGGCUGGAGGCCUCAUUGUCAGAGCAUUCCCAGGGACAAAAGAGCUCCAUGGCUGAUCUCCAUACACAAGUUAAAUUACUAGAAGCCAGGAUGUCAGGUGAACUGAAGGAAACCAAGGAGCAGACAUAUUCGCUGAAGAAGUGGACAGAACAACAGCUCGACUGCUUCGCCCAGAUUCAUGCGGAAAACAGCCAGCAGCACCGCACACAACUGCAGGACGAAAUGUUAGAGGCAGAGUCUGGAUUAGCCGUCUGGCUACGUGCUCUGGAGGCCCGUGUGGAGCAGUCUGAGACCCAGAGGGAUCAGGCCGACUGCAAUCAGGCAGAUCAGCUGAAACGCUCUGAAACCAAACUCAGUAAAAGAAUGACCUCAGUGGAAAGUGGCCUUCAUCAGGAGCUGCAGCUGCUCAAACAGGAAUACCACAAAGGGUUCCUGUCUGUGCAUGAUGCCAUUGAGUCCCUGAAGCAGAUAGGUGACAUCAAAUCUCGCCUUGACAAGGAGAAGCUUCAGAAGGAUAUCAGGCACGUCUGCAGCAAGGUGGCAGAGCUCAAUGACUCGUGACAUUACCAACUGGAGAGGAGCUCCUUAUUACUGUCACACUUUUACUGCAGCAAUAGCUGUUUUUAAACUAAAAGGCAUGCCAACAGUCAGUGAGUGUUGAAUGUUUCCUCACUGGCUUUAUUCACAUCUUAUUCUAUGAGCCCACAGCUAUUUAGACUAUGGAUAUGUUUAAUUGAAUCACUCUUUGAAAAUCAGAGAAUGUAUCUUGUAAUUUGAAGUAGAAUACAUUUUGUAAAAUGUCAGGGAACUUGAUUACAGACAGACCUGUCAAUUAUAUUUAAUUUUGUGCAAUUUAAAAAGGUAAGAAGAUUAAUUGUCACAUCUGUUUGGUCAAAUUCAGCCUUGAUUUGUCAUUUAUGUAUUUAUCUUGUUAGACCUGACAUGAAAACUUGAGAUGAGAACACUAUUGUAUCAAAGGACUGUCACAAUAACACUCUAUAAUUUGAAUAAAUGAAAAUGUAAUAAUACAUAUUAAA